CAGAAGUGGGCCGACGUGCACGAACAGAAAGACCAGCACUGAGGUUGACAUGUCCAACUUCUACCUUGAGGCGGCCAGCAUCAUUGAUGACGUCGAGGGACGCAGAGGAUCACUGAAGAGCCUGGCCGCCCUCCGGAGCGCCAAGAGCGGCAUCGAUGCAAAGAGGCUUCUCGCCCUUGCAGCCAAUACACUGUCCUACAAGCGUGCGUUGACCGUCGUUCUGGACAAGGCCGGUGUAUUGCGAGAAGAGGCCAAGACAUUGACGGCUGCUGCAAGGCAAAGCAAUGCCAGUGCUCUCUCUCUCACCCUUGUCCUCGUCCACGAUCUUCUUUUCACUUCAAGAGGCCGCAUCGCAGCUUCCAUGUCCUGGCCCCCCAGCGCUGCCGUUACUCGUCACGCAGCUCGUCUGAAGGCGGAACUGGUCAAAUUGCAGAUCAAGGAGGGCAAGGUGGCGAUUAAAGAACUGCGCACGGGCGAUAAGAGAGCCGACAGGAUUCCUCGCUGGGUGAGGGUCAAUGAGCGAUUGGUCAGGCCUGACGAACUUCUAGAAGCCCUUCAAGCACAGGGAUGGACUCGGCAAGAAGAAGGCCAGCACGGCCUUGCGCCCAAAAGAAAAUCUUUCAUGGUCUCGCCUCACCUUGGCGGCUGCAUGCUUGCAUUCCACCCCUCACAAACAUCGAAUCUGGUGGAGCACCACCUGUACAGAGACGGCAAGAUUGUAUUGCAAGAUCUGGCAAGCUGCUUCCCCGCCGAAAUCCUGCUUUGCGAAGAAGCAAAAACUGUCGCCGACCUGCAUGUCGUUGACGCAACGGCGGCACCCGGCAACAAAACUUCACAUCUCAGCGCACUCUUGGCAAAACGAAAAGGACUGAGUCGGAUUACGGCUUUUGAGAAAUCGGCGAAGCGCUUCGCUACCCUUUGCGCUCAGCUCGAUCGCGCCGGUGCCCUUUCCGGCUCGAGUCGUUGCCAGCAUACUGCGCGAGGCGCAGUCACGGCCGUCCGAAGCGACUUUAUGGAGGUAAAUCGAGAAGAGCUGGCCGACGUGACUCAUAUGCUUUUGGAUCCAUCGUGCUCGGGUUCCGGCAUAGUAGGCCGCUUAGACCACCUCUCCUCCAAGACAGCUUUGCUGGACGAGAGAGAGACAGAGGAGGAGGAGCAGAGCGAAAGGUUGGCCCACUUGGCGACUUUCCAGCUUGCGAUGAUUGAAUUCGCCAUGGGGUUUCCCUCUUUGAGGAGAUUUUGCUAUUCGACCUGCUCGACACACGUGCAAGAGAAUGAAGAAGUGGUCCUCAAGGCGCUGAAGACCACUGUGGCGCAGUCCCGAGGAUGGAAGCUAGCGGGGAAGAGCUCGGUCCUCCCGUCAUGGCCCACGCGGGGUUUGGGAAGCGAAUGCGGCUCUGAGCAAGGACUGGCCGAUGCAAUGAUUCGCUGCGAUCCGGGAGGUUCGAUGUCAGACGAAGCAACCACAAAUGGACAUGCACAAUUGGAAGCAACCAAUGGAUUCUUUGUCACCUGCUUCGUAAGGGAGUCAGAGAACAAAAGCCGCGAGAAGAACAGAAAGCGAAAAGCUAGGGCCAAAGUAAUGAAGGCAAUCAAGCGACAGAAAGCUUAGUCCAUUGUGUGUCCCUACCGGAGGUUGCCUCUCCCUUUGCUGUUUGUACAAUAAUAGCUUCUCAGGUGCGCAAUCGUUAAUUUGAAGUCUAUUGAGCCGCC